CCUCCUCCAACAUAUAUAGUCUCUUUCGCGGUUCGCUUGCCAAAACCCUAAAAUCCUCUGAAGGGAACGUAAUCGAGGUUUAGCCCGUCCGAGAACAGCAGCUGCUUCAGCUCUAGCUCUUGCUCACCUAUCUCGGUUAGAAGUCGAUCCUUCCCUUUUUGAACUGAGAGAAAAGAAAGUAAAAGGAACCAUGGCAUACGCUGCGAUGAAACCCACAAAACCAGGUUUGGAAGAACCCCAGGAGCAAGUUCACCGCAUCCGCAUCACUCUCUCUUCCAAGAAUGUCAAAAAUCUCGAGAAAGUUUGCGCGGAUCUUGUGCGAGGAGCCAAGGACAAGCGGCUGAGAGUGAAGGGACCGGUGAGGAUGCCCACCAAGGUUCUCCACAUCACUACUAGGAAGUCUCCUUGCGGUGAAGGAACAAACACGUGGGAUCGCUUUGAGCUUCGUGUACACAAACGGGUAAUUGAUCUUGUUAGCUCUUCAGAAGUGGUGAAGCAAAUUACCUCCAUCACCAUUGAACCCGGGGUGGAAGUCGAAGUUACCAUUGCUGAUCCAUAAAUACCCGUCUUUUUGCCCACACCAGUAGAGUUAUGUAGUCGUUAUUUUGUUUUUGUUUUUGUGGAAUUAAGAGCUCUAACCUUACAAGCAAUCGGUGAGGUUUUCUUUUGAUUAUUUUUUUUUCCCAUGUUGGGGUUGAAAACUUGGCAACUUUGAAAGAACUUUAAUAGGUAAUGUGACAUUGGCUCCUGAUAGUCAGUAGUGGGCCCUUUUGCCAA